AUGGCCACGCAGGGCGCGAGCGAACUCACUGAGGAGCUAGCGCGGCGACAGAACGUAGCGAACGAGCACGCGAACGCGUCGACGCUGAUCCCCGAAGUCAGCGAUGCCCUCCAGCCGCUCUUCUUCUGCGACGAGCGGCACUACGCCGGCCUCCAGGAGGACAGCGAGGAGGACAGGAAGGCCGCUCUCCGAUGGCGCCAGAAAGAGCGCCUCAAGACCUCCGCGGUCGCGCUGGUGCUCUGCCUGAACAUCGGCGUCGACCCCCCCGACGUGAUCAAGAUCUCUCCGUGCGGGAGGCUCGAGUGCUGGACCGACCCGUUCUCCAUGCAGCCCCAGAAGGCGCUCGAGGCCAUCGGCCGCUCCCUCCAGGGCCAGUACGAGCGGUGGCAGUCCCGCGCCAAGUAUAAGCUGUGCCUCGACCCGACCGUUGACGAAGUGAAGAAGCUCUGCCUCUCCUGCCGCCGCAACGCCCGCCAGGAGCGCGUGCUCUUCCACUACAACGGCCACGGCGUGCCGAUGCCGACGGCGAACGGGGAGCUGUGGGUGUUCAACAAGUCGUUCACGCAAUACAUCCCCCUGUCGGUGUACGACCUGAUGUCGUGGCUGGACACCCCCGCGAUCUACGUGGUGGACUGCUCGGCCGCGGGGAAGAUCGUGCGGUCGUACGAGGCCUUCGCGCUGCAGCGGUACCGCGAACGCAUGCAGCAGGAAGCCAUGGAGCGGCAACAGGAGUACCGCCCGGGCCCUGACCAUGUCGAGGGGCCGCAGGCGAUGAGGGGAUCGAUCCUGCUGGCCGCGUGCGGGGCGAACGAGCAGCUCCCGCAGAACCCGGGCCUCCCCGCGGACGCUUUUACCGCGUGCUUGACCACGCCCAUCAAGGUCGCGCUGCAGUGGUUCUCCUCCCGCUCGCUCCUCAAGGACCCGCACAUCACCCCGGACCUCAUCGACCGCCUCCCCGGCCGCCAGACCGACCGCAAGACCCCCGCGGGGGAGCUCAACUGGAUCUUUACGGCCAUCACCGACACCAUCGCGUGGAACGUGCUCCCGCGCCCGCUCUUCCAGCGGCUCUUCCGGCAGGACCUCCUCGUCGCGUCGCUCUUCCGGAACUUCCUCCUCGCGGACCGCGUCCUGCGCGCGGACAACUGCGCCCCGGUGUCGUACCCGCCGCUGCCGCCCACGCACCAGCACCACAUGUGGCACGCCUGGGACCUCGCCGCGGAGGCCGCGCUCAGCCAGCUCCCGCAGCUCCUCCAGGACCCCUCGGCGCAGUUCCGCCCGUCCUUCUUCUUCACGGACCAGCUCGUGGCCUUUGAGCGCUGGCUGCAGUACGGCCGGCACUCCCGGGCGCCGCCCGAGCAGCUGCCGAUCGUGCUGCAGGUCCUGCUGUCGCAGUCGCACCGCCUCCGCGCGCUCGUGCUCCUGGGGCGCUUCCUCGACCUGGGCCCGUGGGCGGUGGAGCUGGCGCUGAGCGUGGGCAUCUUCCCGUACGUGCUCAAGCUGCUGCAGACGACGGCGUCGGACCUCCGUCAGGUCCUCGUGUUCAUCUGGGCGAAGAUUCUGGCCCUGGACAAGUCGUGUCAGGUCGACCUGGUCAAGGACAACGGUCACUUGUACUUUGUCAAGUUCCUGGACACGCAGGAGGGGUCCGCGCGGCCGGACUCGCGCGCGCUCGCGGCGUUCGUCCUCGCGCGCAUCUGCGAGGACCACCCGCGCGGACAGAAGCUCUGCGCCAGCGCCAACCUCCUGGGCGUAGCGCUCGCCAACUUCCCCGCCGCGGUCCAGGCGGCGUCCGCGGGGUUCCCGCUCCUGCUCAAGUGGGUGUGCCUCGCGAUGGGGAAGCUCUGGGACGGCCAGCGCAACGUGACCACCGUGGCGAUCGGCGAGGGGAUCAUCCACUCGAUGAUGCCGUUGUUGCAGGCGCAGGCGCCGGAGGUGCGGGCGUGCGCGGUGUUCGCGCUCGGAACGCUCGUGCACACCGCGGGCGACAGCGGCGCGGGGACGCACGUCGGGAGCCUCGGCGGCGGCGGCGGCGUCGAGCGCGCGAGCCGCGAGGGCACGUCCGUGGACAAGCACCGCCCCGGGGACGGCAGCGGCGCCCCGGAGGUCACGUUCGAGGACGCGGAGCUCCAGAUCGCGUCGCUCAUGCGGGACUGCGUGUACGACAGCAGCGCGCUCGUGCGGUGCGAGGUGGCCAUCGCUGUCGCGCGCAUUGCGGACGGACACCGCCUGCGCUUCCAGGCGUCCGCGGAGGCCUUCAUGCGGCGGCAGCGCGGCACGCAGGUGUCGCCGAGCGUCGUCGUCGGCGACGGGUCCGGCCGGCAGGACCGCGGCGCGCCCACGGUCAGCGGCAGCGGCAACGACCGCCUGCGCAUUCAGAGCGUCGGCCAGUCCAGCCUGCAGCCGCUCGCGAGCUCGAGCCCGCCGUCGUCGACGGGGACCUCUCCCGCCGCGACGCCGGCCGCCGGGGACGCCCAGGCCAAUUUGCCCCAUGUCGCGAGGUCGGAUGUCUUGUACGACAAUCUUGUUGAGGCGCUGCUGCUUCUAUCUACGGAUCCGAGCAGCAUGGUCGCGGCGGCGGCGCGGCCGGCGCUCAUGGCCCUCGGGUUCGAUCUCUCCGUCGUCGGCGGCGCCGCGGCGAAGCCCUCGCCCCUAGUGCGCGAGCAGAGCUCCGGACCGACGGGCGCGGCCGCCGGGCCGGCCUCCACGCGCAGCAUGCCGAUGGGCGCGCAGAACCUGCAGCAGUGGAGCAUCCUCGGGAGCUCGGCGUCCUCGAUGCACGCGUCCGUGUCGCCGCCGCAGCGCGUGGCCUCGCCGUCGCUGUACGGGCGCGCGCAGUAUGAGCUGCGCCGCGCGGGCGCGAGCGGGCCCCCCGAGGCGCGCCGGUCCGCGUACGGCGAGGGCCCCUCGAACGGCUCCGCGGCGGAAGCCGGCGUUCCGCGGCCGCCGCACCUCCCGUCGAGCCGCGUGUUCGCGGUCGAGACGGAGCACUUCAGUCGGCCGUUGCUGGAACCGAGUACGAGCAGCGGGACGGCGCACCACAUGCAGGGCGCGUCGGGCGCGGGGCUGGCGAUCGGGGAGGCGAAGCGGCGGAAGGGCUGGGCGACGGUGCCGGACCCGCUGGUCCAGCAACGGCACGCGUACGAGAUGGAGGUCGCGGUGACGCGGUGCCGGCAGAACGCGACGCGGUGCCGGCUGUCGGACCAGCCGAUCGUGAUGGACAUGCAGGGCGAGCCGUGCCUCGCGGCGGUGUUCCAGCCGUUCAGCACCAAUGUGUUUGCGGUGGGCGCGCAGGGCAAGGCGGUGUGCUACGAUUACCGCUCGCAGCAGGUGCACAACGUGUUCGACGUCGCGACGGGGUGUGUGCCCGGGAGGAGCCCGUCGGUGCCGGUGGCGAGCGGGACGGACCCGCAGCCCUUCCUGAUCAACGCCAUGGACGAGCCGCUCCUCGGCAUCGGGUCCGGCGACGGCGCCGUGCGCAUCUGGCGCCACGCGAGCGACAAGGGCGACCAGCAGCUCGCCGCAGCGUGGCAGGCGGUCCCGCUGCCCAGCGGCCUCGGCGUGGUGGUCUCGCGCGCGUGCUUCAAGUGGGACAACGACUCCGGGAGCCUCUUCGCCGCGGGCGGCGACGCCCCGCACGUCGUACACAUCUGGGACGCCACGUCGGAGCUGUGCGCGGCGCAAGUCCCGGUGAUGUCCGGAGACUCCCCCCUGCAGGUGACGGCGGUCGAGGCCGCGCGCGGGCAGCCGCUGGUCCUCUGCGGCUGCGCGGACGGCAGCGUGCGCGUGUUCGACCUCCGCACGUCGCACCGGAAGCCGGAGGUUGCGUCAGCGCCCUUCACCACCGGCCCGGUCACGGGCAUCCAGUACGAGCCCGCGGGGUUCACGAACCGGCUGCUGCUGGCCACGCCGCACCGCGUGUUCAAGAUCCUGGACCUGCGGCUCGCGGGGGAGGGCGACCAGGGGAAGUCGGCGCCGGUGAUGCGGUCGGUGACGGCGCACAACAAGGGGCUGAUCAGCGCGCUCACGGCGCACGAGAACGCGCCGCUGAUCGCGACGGCGAGCACCGCGAAGAUCGUGAAGGUCUGGACGAUCGACGGCGAGCCCGUGGGGACGCUGCGGCGCAACACCUGGGGGGGAGUGCCGCCGCUGCCCGAGGCCCCGCGGAGCUGCCUCGCGUUCCACCCGUACCGCCUGCUGCUCGCGACGGGCGCGCCCUGGGAGGGCGGCUGCGCGCUGCACUCGCUCGAGCGCGGCACGGGGCAGCCGUGGUGA